AUGACAAUCAAUCGUGUACGUCUUCUAUCAGACCAGCCACCAUCAAGCCGUGAUAGAGAUGAUUCAUUUGCUUUAGGGCUGUAUCGUGGCAAGGUCAAAACACAACAGCUAUUCCCUUACCCUGAUGCAUUAGAUGAUGAAUCCAAAGAUACAGUCAAACUAAUGAUUGAUCCCUUUGAGAAAUAUUUUCGUGAAAUUCACGACCCUUCACAAUGUGAUCUAGAUGAAAAACUACCUGAUAAAUCGCUGCAAGCACUCAAAGAACUUGGUGGUUUCGGUAUACAGGCACCUCAAGAAUAUGGGGGGAUGCAAUUAAAGAAUACACAAUAUGCACGAUUAGCUGAAAUUGUAGGAUCCUUUGAUUUAUCCAUUGCCGUAUUUAUGGCCGGCCAUCAAGCCAUCGGUUAUAAAGGGAUCGUACUCUUCGGUAACGAGCAACAAAAACAAAAGUAUUUACCAAGUUUAACGACUGGCGAGAAAAUUGCUGCAUUUUGUUUAACCGAACCUUCAGCUGGAUCGGAUGCCAAUUCUAUUCGUAGCACGGCUGUUCUUGAUGAGGAUGGCAAGCAUUAUAUAUUAAAUGGGAACAAAAUAUGGAUUAGCAAUGGUGGUAUAGCCGACGUGAUGACUGUAUUCGCUCAGGUUCCUUUCAAGAAGGACGAUUCCGAUAAACAAUCUCAAGCUGUAACAGCUUUUAUAGUCGAGAGAGAUUUCGGCGGUGUUACUAGCGGUCUUCCCGAGAAAAAGAUGGGAAUAAGAUCAUCCAAUACGGCUGCAGUCUAUUUCGAUAAUGUAAAAAUACCAGUAGAGAACGUGAUAGGUAAAGUCGGUGAGGGUUUUAAAGUAGCUAUGAAUAUACUCAAUGAAGGUCGAUUUGCUAUGGGAGCCGCCAUGUCUGGUGUAAUUCGAAUGCUAGUGACUAAAACUAUUGAACAUGCUAAAAAUCGGGUUCAAUUUGGCCAGCAUUUAAUCGAAUAUCAAUCGAUACAAGAAAAAAUUGCUCAAAUGGGUCUUACUCAUUAUGCUGUCGAAUCGGUCGCCUAUGCUGUUAGCAAUAAUAUGGAUAGAGGCAUUAAAGAAUUCCAGGUGGAAGCUGCUAUAAGUAAAGUAUUAAGUUCUGAAUCAGCUUGGAAUGUAUGCGACGAAUGCAUACAAAUAUUAGCCGGUAUGGGAUUUAUGAGAGAAAAUCAAGUAGAGCGUUUCAUGAGAGACGUACGAAUUUAUCGUAUAUUUGAAGGUGCCAACGAUACAUUGCGCCUAUUUAUUGCCUUAAAUGGUAUUCAGUAUGCUGGAAAGAAUAUGAAAGAACUACAGAAAGCGUUACAACAGCCAAUCUCCAAUUUGGGUACAUUAUGGAACCAAGGUGUUAAACGAUCGAAACGUCUUAUAGGUAUUGCUGACAGUCAAGAGCUACUCGAAGUAACUGCACCUGAACUUAGCGAUUGUGCUAAGAUGAUUACACAACGCGUUGAAGAAUUUGGUGCUACGAUAGAAAGGAUACUACUUAAACAUGGUCGUAAUAUCAUCGAUCAGCAGUUUAUAUUAAACCGCAUAGCCAACGCUACAAUUGACAUUUACUCAAUGGCUGCAGUUUUAUCUAGAGCAAGUACAGCAAUCAGUAGUAAUUUACCGACCGCAGAUCAUGAAAGAGUAUUAGCGUCUACAUUUAUUGACGAGGGUUGUCAAAGAGUUGAACAUAAUCUAGCAGAGGUACUCAGGAAACGAAAUUUGGAGCGCUUUUCCGCUUACUCAAGUAUAACCAAUGAAAUUAGUGAAAAUGAAGGAGUGGCAACAACUCGGCCUUUAAGAUUCUAG